UAUACAUUUAAACAUGUUGUGGCCUGCCUGAUUGAACACUUGGUAAGGCAGCAACAAUAAGUUUGCAAAAUAUUAAACACCAACCGUAUUCUCUGUGGUAAAUAUGUAUAUUUUUUAGUUUAAAAAGUAUUUAAAAAAUAUUUUAUUUGUUUUAAAUUGUAUCAUUUGUUUGAAGUAAAUCAUAAUAUUCAUAUAGUUAGCCUAUACUACAAUAUUACCGUAAUAUUGUAAAUAAAAUCACAAAGGGGGCGUGGCACUGUGAUUCUCAAUACCGUAUGAUAUAGACCCUUACCUGAUUUGUGUUCCUACAUUCUUUUAAACCAAAAAUUUACAAUUUUCAUAAAAAGGAACUGCGGAUUAAAAAUAUAUAGAUCUAUUCUAGUAUUAACCUUAAAUUGCUUGAUUUUUUUUUUCAUUGUAAUGAGACAUAUACAAACACUUUGACUGUUUUAUAACUAAAAAUAUUUAAAGAACUAUUGUAAAUUAAACACCUUGAAUUCAAUCUAGUAUUCUGUUGUAUAUAAUAAAUUAAUAAACCAUCUGUUUUGUUUCAAUAGAAUAGUCUAGAAGAGACAUAGACUGGAACAUUUUGGGACUAAACCAAAAUCGUGAAAUUAAAAUAUUUUAUUUGGAAGCAUGGCAACAGCAGCAACAGCAAAGAAAACAUGCCCGUACGGUUCAAAAUGCUAUCGUAAGAACAAAAAGCAUCACGAGGAAUUUACUCAUCCAGGAGACGAGGAUGUCUUGCCAGAGAAAAAACAAGUGAGUCUUUGCUGUGGUGAUUUUUAAAAAAGAAGAAAUGCGACAAAGGGCUUGGUAGCUACUUCAUUACCUUAAAUGGGUCUUUUUUUUAAAUCUGGAGGCCUGAUGACAGUCUUCUGACUUCAAUAAAUUGAAUAUGAAGUUCAUUUUAAGAGACCAUCGAAUUUCACAACUGUAUCAUUUACAUUAGGUUUUUCCAGGUGGUACACAAGAAAAAAAAGUUAAGAAGAUUACAUAAGUGGUGCAAUAUUUUAAAACUGUGAUAAUCCUUUAAAAACGAUGAACAUGCACCAUCUAAACAACUUUUUAUUCUUCUUUUCUUAUUUGUAUACGUAUUUAUUAGCCAAUCCUUACAGUUUUUUUUAAAGAAAAGCUUCCCUUUUUAAUAAACAUAAACCUAUGUUUUGAUAUAUUUUUCAAUAGAUUGUUUUAAAAAAUAUCGUUUUUAAAACUGCUGGUUUUAUAAUAAUUCCAAGUCAAUCAGAUUUUACCUACAGAAAGUAUAUCAUGAUGUCAAAAAAGAAGCAAUUAUAAGCUAACCCAAAAGUCAAUAUACAUACAUACAUACAUACAUACAUACAUACAUACAUACAUAUAUAUAUAUAUAUAUAUAUAUAUAUAUAUAUAUAUAUAUAUAUAUAUUAUAUUAAAAAAAAAGAAAUAAUAAUCUAACACAAAAGUCAUUAUACAUACAUACAUACAUACAUAUAUACAUACAUACAUACAUAUAUAUAUAUAUAUAUAUAUAUAUAUAUAUAUAUAUAUAUAUAUGUAUAUUGUAUAUAUAUAUAUAUGUAAUACUUUUCAGUAAGAAGUAGCUUAGUAACAUGUAGAUGACUUAUUAGUUUUAUAAAAUAUAAUAGUUAAAACCACCACCACUUUUUUCCCGCUCUCGAUUUAGCGCUUAGUUCACGCCAUCAGUGAGAAUAAUGACAAGCCCCCAGCCUUAAAGAAAAGGGCAUCCAAAAGGAAAUCCGAUGAAAGUGCAGACGAAACCGCGUACAAAAUAACAGCCAAAGCCACGCCCACAUCAUUUAUUCCAUCGCCAAGUACACCGACGCCGUCCCCUAGCAAAAAAGUAAAACUCGCUGACGACGAGGAAGAGAAAAUUGCUGUCGACUGCAAUAAAACAAAAAAGAAAACUUCAUCACCGGAGUCCAACGGCCCAGCAGGCACUGACGCCACAAGUAAACCGGACGACGAGAGUUCGACCAGCGGUGAGAGCAGGGCGGUGCCGGAGGUGAUACAAUACAAGGAGAAGAAAGCCAAAUGCAAAUAUUGGGACGCAUGUUAUCAGACAAGUGAAGCACACAAGAAGGAGUUCGAUCAUCCUAGUGAUCACAUGGAAAAAGGUGUACAUCAUAAAAUAUAUAUAUAUAUAAUAUAUACAAUAACAUCUUUCAGUGGCUUAGUUAGGGUUAGUGCCACCCUGGGCCAAGCUUUGUGCAACUUUGCAGUUGGCUUAAAAUGCCGACCUCAAUAUAGAGAAAAAAAAGUCUCGCCCUGGGCUGACCACCCCCUCCGCACCCCACUUCCUAUCCCACUGCCAACGCAUAUUCUUUACUGGUUCCUGCAUGCGAAUUAAAUGGAACCACGAUUACGAGGAGUUACUUUAGUCAUUUGAAUGAAAUUGAGUUAAUGUACAUGAACAUUUGAGUCCCUCGUUUUGAUCAAGUCACAUUUUUUAAAUGUUUGGACUGAGGAGUAUGCUCCCAAAACAUGUAGAAAUGAGACUUUAGGACUGAGGAGUAUGUUUUCAAAACAGUAAGACAUGAGACUUUAAGACUGAGGUGUAUGCGGUCAAAAUAUAUAGACAUCACACUUUAGGACUGAGGAGUAUGCUGUCAAAACAUAUAGAUAUCAGACUUUAGGACUGAGGAAUGCUAUCAAACAGUGAGAAUUCCGACUUUAGGACUGAGGAGUAUGCUGUCAAAACAUUUAGAUAUCAGACUUUAUGACUGAGGAGUAUGCUAUCAAAACAGUGAGGCAUCAGACUUUUGGACUUAGCAGUAUGUUGUUGAAACAGUAAGUCAUUACAAUUUAGGACUGAGCAGUAAGCUAUCAAAACUGUACNUGUUUUUUGUUGACUUUGUACCGCGCUUCGAGCCUUUGGGGAUGAAGUGUGUUUUUGAAAUGAACUUUAUUAAUAUUAUUAUUAUCUUUAUCUCUAAGCCUCUUACCUUUGGUUUUAAUUUUUUUUUUUUUUUUAAGGAAAAAAAAAGAGGAUAUGACAUAUUUUAAUAGUUAAGUCUAAAGGGGCUUGACCAAAGUGGGGUACUCGCCCUAUUGGGGGGGGGGGGUGCGAUGUGGUAUUUCAGGGUUUGCAAGGAAAUGUUAAUUAAGAACAGAGGAGUCAUCCCUGCUUAGGCUUGAAGUACUUCAUAAUUUGUAAUUAAUAUAGGAGCCAGAAUGAUUAAUAAAUUGAUCGCGGGCCUCUUAAGAUAUAGAAGAAGAUGACUUGACAGUUGAACAAAUGAUUUCAAUAUAUAUAUUUAAAACAAUGCUUAUGAAGAGCCUCAUUCAAGGGACAUUUUUCUUAACAUUUCUUAGUUACGCCUGUUCUUUUUAUGUUGAUUCAAUGUUUAAAGUCAGGGGCGUCAUUUCAGGUUUUUUCAAAAAGUAGGGGGGGGGGAACCAAAUCUUGGUCGGCUUGUUAAGUUGUUUAUUACUGGAGGUGCCACAGUAUAUAGGAGUUAAAAUUAAACCUGCAAAUUCGGGUGGGGGCGGCAAAUGCCCCACCCUGACCUAACCAAAUGAUGUCCCUGUUUGGAGUGAGCAGUUUUGUCUAUAUAAAAUAUAAAUACUUUGCGAAGCCAGGUUAUGUUUUCUCUUGCCAUCGACAACCAGCAUAUGAUUAAGUAUUUUUUUUUAUGUAAUGCCAUUAUGAUUUUGCUCUCAUCUCAACAGGACACAGAAUCCAGUGGGAUGGUGGAUAAGUGAAAAGUUGGAUGGUGUGAGGGCAUUUUGGAAUGGACGGUGAGUUGGCGUCCCAUACUAUGCUGCACAAGUAGUUUAAAAAUAUGAUGCGGUUUCAUUUUAUCAAUUGUAUAUGCUCUAUGAAAUAUUUUAAUUUUAUUUUUAACUGUAUAAGACUACAGCUAAUACAUGUAAAUUCGUAAAUACAGUGGCGUAGCGAGGGUGUUUGGCGCCCCGGAACAAGAUUCGCGCCCGGGGACAAGAUCCAUUUUUAGCACCCCUUUUUCUUUUUUUCAACUCUCAAACCCAUUAUUUUCAUCAAUAAAAUAAUAUCAAAACACAUUUUGGCGCCCCUAACUAGCUGGCGCCCGGGGACAUCUGUCCCCCCCUGCACCCACCACGCUACGCCUCUGUGUAAAUAGCAUUGUUUUUGCUAGGGCUGACCAAGCAAAGGGCUUAUUAUUAUGUUGACAAACCACUAUACCCCAUCCACGAAUGUUUAAGUUACUUUGAGAAUGUUACAUUUAGCCAAAAAAAAUAGCUUGGUAUUGGUCUCUCAAAAUUUGAGAGGGCGAUAUAUGUUCAUUGUAAAACUAAGUCUAACAACUCCACUUAAAAUGUAUGAUGGUAAAGGUCAGUGUUUUGCUGGUUUGUUGGUCCAGAUCAAUGGAUUUCAUCAACCCACCUAACUAAACCCAGUUUAACUAAAAUAAACUACCACAAAUGACAUCAGAAUAGCAUUUAGUCUAAAGGGACCCGGGUCCGAAUAGCGGCGAUGCGUGUCCGGGUCCAUUUUGACUAAAUGCUAUUCGGGUGUCAUUUGUGGUAGUUUAUUUUACUUAAACUGAAGAAUUAAGUUAACAAACAUAUAAUCCAUUCCAUUAUCUUUCACUCGAUACCAAAUUUUAUCUUACAAACCCAACAAUAAUAUUUUAAACUUUUUAAAAUCCCAACCUCUCACUUCUGAUAGUCGGGUCCGAAUAGCCACUUCGCUCUUUACUGUAGACCAGUGUUGCCCAACAGGAUGCGACCGCUCCACAGGGGAGGCAAUUUGAAAUUGUGGGACAUAAUUUAAUCUCUGAGAUAGGAGCUGUAUAUAGCCAUUUUUAAAUAUUUUUUUUUUUACAGGCGUGUUUGUGGUUUGUUUUUUCCGUGGAAGGGGGCAGCAAAAAACCAGCCUUUGCCGCGAUACUGAUACUUUGUCAUUAUAUCAAUUAACAUAUGUUUAUCUCUUAUUAUAUUUAUAAUUCUACGAUGUUGAAUCUAUCAGGAAAAUUGAAAUGUAGUUUUCAUGACUGCAGCAUUUAGACUUUUUUUUUUUUAAAUGUAUGCAUAAUGAAAUAAAAACUAUCGCAAAACAAAAUCAAACAUUAAAAUUGAACAUCGAAAAAAACCCACAAAAAAUCACCACUGGUAUUGAAAUCAUAGGCUACUCUUGUGGAUGUAGUCGGAGGCGUAGCUAACAUUAAUGCUCCCCCCCCCCCCCCCCCCAAAAAAANCCCCCCCAACGAAAAAAACUGUAGUUUACCGAACAUUCUGAUCCUCAAUAUGUAAAGAACAAAUGCCACCCGGGGCGGACCACACCCCUACGACUCCACCCCAUUCCUACGUUAGUGGACGUAGUACAUGUCUGAAAUCAUCUGAAAUGUUUUACAGGUGUUUCUACUCCAGACUGGGAAAUGCUUUCUACGCUCCCGAGUGGUUCACUAAGGUAGAUAUCAUAUUCAUAUCUGAUGCCUGCCAAAACUCACUACUAUGUAACAGGCAUAUAUUAACUAGCUAAUGACUGGUCGUAUGGAUGAAAACACUAUUCAUAUUCUUACAAUUUACUUUAUUUUAUCAUCAUCGUUAUUUUAUAUUUUAAACGUUAAUUCAAAGUUUAAAUAAGGCUGCCAGUCCUUACGUCUUUUUCCCAAUAUGAUCAAUUGUUUUGAAACUUGUGUAAUUGUGUUUCAUUAGUAUAGAGUAUAAAUUUGUGGCGUAUAUCGUUCCCUUUUUUCUGAAAACAAAUAUGGCCACCAAAGAAACUUUUUUAAAAAAAGGUGUUUUUUACAAUAUAAAUUUGGUGUCAUUUAGAUUAUAACUAUAAUGAAUAUAUUAUGUUUAAUCGAGCUGCAAAGUAUAAUAAUAAAUGUAUUUUAGUUGCAAUAAAAGGGAGCAAGGGCUUUUUAACUUAAGAUAACUUUUACAUGAAUCAUUUUCCUAGGCAGUAGAAUCCUUGACAUAAGUGUACCACCAAACCCGAAUUCUCCCUUUAUUUUUGAGUUAGUUUAAAACAAAUUACAAACUGUUGCUUUUUCUCUAUCCUAACAAACCAAAUAAUUUAAUUCUUAAAUUAUUACAGACAAAACGUAAAAUUGUGAGAUAUUUGUUUUUUACCCUAGUUCAUAUAUAUAUAUGGGUAUGUGGGAAUGAUUGUGGGUAUAAACUUGAAUAACACUACAAUUGUUUAAACAUAUAAUGAAUAUUUCGAUAUAUUUUAUUUGACACACAGGACUUGCCACGAGACAUACAUUUAGAUGGUGAGCUGUUUGGUGGUCGGGGUGAGUUCCAGUCUACUGUGAGCAUUGUGAAGACUGCCGAGAGCCCCAAGUGGAAGGAUAUCAAAUAUUAUGUGAUUAUGACAUUUCUUUUCCAUUGAUUUGCUCUUGUAAAAAAUAUUUAAGUUAGUGAGAUGAGAUCACGAACGAGAAGUGCCAAAGUGCUAGAUUUCACUUACAUCACUGUUAGACAUAAGUGUUCACAAACAAGCCGAACAUUCAAUAGGCGAAGUUCUAGCAUCACUAUUAACCUAAAGUCUAUGGCAUCAUAAACACAACCCCCAACUUCAACCUUUUGUUUACAAACUUACCUGACAGUAAAAUGAUGGUAGCUAACGAUCUACGUAAAGGUUUGUGAUGACGUAUCAUUCACCCAGAAACAAAUGUUACCGAAUUGUUUAGCCCGCACUAAUAUUUGGAGUAUUAAUGUUUAUGUCAUUAAUGUUUAUGGUACAAAUUAUGAUAUGCAUUGUAUUUACGAUUUCACGCAGGUAUUUGAUUCACCCCACAUGGGAAAAGAAGUAUUUGAAAAGAGGAUGCAGACCAUCAAGGAGUAUUUUGAGGCCCAUCAGUAAGUAGUUGAACAUUUAAAGAUUCUUCAAGAAUAUAUUUCUAUGCUGUUCAAACUUUUCACCAGAUUUUCUUUAAAAAAUGGUGAUAAUUCAAUGCAUUGGACGGGUCUAAAUGCUACAAACACUUACACAUUCAGAGAGAGAGUGUGUGUUUGUACCUUUAGAGAGAGAGAGAGAGAGAGAACUAGCAGACACUUCAGUUCCUUUUUUUAAUAUUUUUUUUAUUAUAACUUGAUCGCAAUCUAUCUCAUAUUGUCCCUGCCAACAUGAUUCCAUUCUAUUAUUGCAGACCAGAAUAUGCUGUGUUUGUUGAGCAAACAAAAUGCAAGAGCAAAGACCACCUGGAGGAGAAGUUAACAAGGAUUCUCAACAUAGGCGGAGAAGGGCUUAUGAUCCGCCAACCAGGUUCGGUGUACGAGGCAUGUCGAUCUAAAACGUUGUUAAAAAUCAAGAAAUUCUACGACGCAGAGGUGAGCACUAUGUCACACUAUAUAUUGUGUUUAAAUUUUUGUAUUUUCUCUGUGAGUGAUAUUUUUUCAACUUAUGAACUUAAAACGAAGACUUCUUAAAGAAAAAGAAAGUUUAAAAUAAUCUAUUUUAAGGCAUCAAGUUUUCGCGUUCCAACGAAAAAUUCUUAUAAAACUAAAAAUAAGCUUGAAGUAAAAUUGUUGGGCAGUGCCAGGGUCCAACGCUGACAGAGUAUGAAAUAUUAUUACAUGUAAACGAUUUCAUCCCUAUAAAGGAAGCAUGCAAUACAAAUAUGACCAAAAUUAGCUUAUAAACCAUUAUACAAAUCUUCUUCAUUUUAUUUUAAACUUUUAUUGUUCAACAUCUCUUAUAGGCCAUCGUUAUUGGUCAUGAGAAAGGCAAGGGAGCUAAUCAAUCCCGCUGUGGAGCACUGCGGUGUCAAAUGGCGUGUGGCAAAGAGUUCUCAGUUGGAUCUGGGUAAGUAGCACAUGUCUGUACACUUUUGUGCAGUGUUCAUUUAUUAUUACGCGUUGGUUUUCCGCACUAGUUUUGAAAUGUUCAAGGCUUGGAGGUUUCGUUACUUCUCAAGCUGUAAGAGAUAUGAGAUUUAUUUUCUCUUUUUUCACUUGAAAGUUGUUACAAUUUUAUUUAUUUUUUAAAUUAUUCCUUUCUAAUUUAGGUUGACAAACAAAGAUCGCAACAAUCCACCAAAGAUUGGUAGCAUUAUUACAUACAAAUUUCAAGAGUUAAGCAAGGGAGGUUCUCCUCGCUUCCCUACAUAUGUGGGUGAGUUGGACUGCUUUUUAAAAAAAAAAUCAACACUUUUAAUAUUUUAUCUGCGAUUAUCAAUUUUGUAUGUCACAUAAAUUUUCAACACCACCACUUCCAUCGCCCAGCAUUAUAUGAUACAGAUCAUUUUACCUACCAUAACAGCCAUUUUAUGGAAUUCCAUUACACAUAAUUACCGAAGAAGACAUGCAGAUUCCAAAAUGGCCAUUGGAUUAUAGCAUAUAAACCUAUUUAGUAUCUUGCUAAUGCCUCCAUUGAUCUAUAUACUUAAAGAGCAUUUGCACACCGCCCCGGGCGCCACAUUGGUAUUUUUAAUAUAACAUUAUAUAAAUUAUGUUCUGAGUGUGUUGUGGCGCCCUUUAGGGGAUUCGUCCCCUGGCGAAAUUAAGGCAAAGGACACCAUUGCUAAAUUAUCAGUGUUCCUAUACUCAUUGACACGAUCGAUGCAAGUGACAGUAUUUCAUUGCAGUGCUGUAGUAUACAUUGGGAAAUGUUCUCAGCAGAUCCAUGUCAUUGCACAUUGACACAUUACGCACAUUAUUACAAUACGCAUUGACUAUAUUAUUGCAGGUAUCUGCAUAGAUAAAACAGAACCCAAAGACGCUGAUAUCAGAGAAGUUAUGGAUGAGGAUGAGGCCUAAAGAGCUGACAUGUGACCAUUAGUUGACUCUUAAUCUCAGCCAGGCUAGAUCUGCUAUAGCAUAUGUUUUUUUUUUUCCUUUAAAUUAAUUUUGAUCGUAGAUGAAUUUUUAAGGAAUGAAUCACUAUACUUGAUAUAAUUAUAGAGUAGCAAAGAUGUUGUUGAAUGUACACAAGAAAUAAUCCUUCACUUGAACUCACCUGAGCGGCUGUGAUCUCACAAAUUUUAAUCCUACUAUAUAUACUUAUUUAUUGAUUUAUUUUGAUAUUUUAUUUUGAAUGUUAUUAUAAUUGCGAUCCCAAAAGCAUUUCAUGUAGCUGGGUACUUUGGAUUAAUUUCAACUGUGAUAUUUUACUCUUAUGAAAAUAUAGCAAACUUUUUUUUAAAUUUACAUAAAAUGUGAUAUAUCAAGUCGUAUACAGUGGCUGUUUUAUGCACUCAUACAUUAGGUGAUGUGUUUUAAAUACAAAAUAUCAUUUGCAGUGUCUCGCUUUGAUUUGCAUGAUGUGAUAUGAGUAAAAUAUAUAAAGCCAUAACGCAGUGUCUUGCUUUGAUGUACAAACAUGUGAUAAAAGUUAGGUACAAUAUUCAGAGGCGCAAUGAGGGUUUGGCAAUACACGGGGACCAAAAAAAAAAGGGGGGGGGGAGCAAAAUAGGUGUACCUGAAGAAAAAUAUGUAUAGUUUUUUUUUUUAAAGUUUGCCAAUAAAAAUAUGAGGCGCAAUGAGGGUUUGGCAAUACACGGGGACCAAAAAAAAAGGGGGGGGGAGCAAAAUAGGUGUACCUGAAGAAAAAUAUGUAUAGUUUUUUUUUUUAAAGUUUGCCAAUAAGAAUAAUAUUAUCCCUACGAUUCCCUGUAAUUACAUUAAUUUGGAUAAUUUGAAUGUUCACUUUAACUACAUAAAAGUAGAUUUCUCAAGCUUGACGAGCCCUUAUGCACUUUUUUUUAGUGGUGUGUAGGGUUCACAACGAGUCUAUUCCAUUUGGGGAGCCAUAUGAGGUUAAGAUAAAUCAUAGGAUCAUAUAAUAACACCAUUGUAUUGACAAACCAGGGGGCGGGGGUACACCUUGCUAAUAUCCCUCUGCAUGAAGUGAUAUGGGGAGAGACCACCAGUCAUCACCUCAAAAGGAUUGAGUUAGAUCUCACUUGUUUUUUUCAAGACCAGAGCAUGGACUCUACCCAACUUUAUCCUAUUGAAGGAGAGCAUUAGAAACAGGGGUUGGCGUAAAUUUUAACAAUUAUGCCUGAAUAGCUCCAAUUGGUAAUUAAUAGUGUUACUGUUAGGCAGUGGUAGGGAUCGUAUAAUAGCCAGGAGCGUAAUACAAUAAUUUGCGAGAGAGGGCUGUCAUAAUGCUUAAGAGAAUGAAAAAUGUGAUGACUAUUUUUUGUUCUGUUUAGGCGUGUUUAAGUAAACCCUCUUUUAAUUAUGGUGUAAGGUGUUGUAUUUUUAAAAAUAAAGUUUUAAAAAAUGUGUUUACUUUGUGUUAUUUGAUCUUCGUUGUCUUAAUUAUUUAUGUUCUUGUAAUAAUUAAAAGAUUUUUUUGAA